AUGAUUUUGUCAUUUUGUCAUUUUUUGUCUGCCAUUGUUACUCUCGCUUCGCUCGCUUGCUUAUUCAUUUUCUCGCUACUCGUUCGCUCGCUGCUCAUUCGUUUAUUCUAUUUAUCUGUAUGGAGCGUCAGCAUCAAUACAGUAUUGCAAUUCUUGCUCCCACUUAUCACCAUUCUCCAACAACUUCUCCUUAUUAUACAACAACUCCUCUCUGGUCUCGGUCGCAUACUCCACAUUUGGAGACUCCACGAUGGCAUCCACGGGACACGAUUCCUGACAGUAGCCACAGUAGAUACACUUGGUCAUGUCAAUGUCGUACUUGUAGGUUCUUCUCAGUCCAUCGGCACGUUCUUCUGCCUCGAUGGUGAUGGCUUGUGCUGGGCAAAUAGCUUCACACAACUUACAUGCAAUACAUCUCUCUUCACCGCUGGGGUAUCUCCGCAAAGCGUGUUCUCCUCUGAAUCGGGGAGAGAUGGGUCCCUUUUCAAAUGGGUAAUAGAUGGUAUAUGGAGCUCUGAAGAACAUCUCCAUACAGAUGUACAUUCCUCUGGCAAUUUCACUCAAGAAAAAAAACUUGGUGGCCUUGGAUAA